AUGCAGCUCAAGCACCUUUUCCUCUCGCUCUUGGCUGCGGCUACAUGCCGUGCAGCAGCAGUUGGCGGCGCUGAGUUGUGCGGCACCGCACCCCCGACCGAGGAGUUCCUUCAGGCUCACAAGGAAGCCGCGGCUGAAGAAGCUGCCGCAGCGGCUUCUGGCGAUGUGGUGAAGAGAGACGUCUUCUAUGUCAAUACCUAUGUCCACAUCAUCGCCGCAAGCGAGUCCCUCUCCGACGGCUACGUUGAUAACAAAACAGUCGAUGCGCAAAUCCAGGUCUUGAACGAUAACUUCUCCAAUUCGGGCUACCAGUUCGUCCUGCAAAACAUUUCACGCUUGGUUGAUAGCCAGUGGUCCGACAUUUACAACGGCCAGGACCUAACCCAGCUUAAGCAAAGCCUCCACAAGGGCUACUACGGCGACCUCAACCUCUACUACUUCAGGAGUGUCUACACUGAUAGCACUUACAGAACAAGCCUGACUGGCUUCUGCCCCUACCCUGACAAGAUCGCCGACUGGCCCUUUUUCUACAACGACGGCUGCAGCCUCCACUUCCAAACCAUGCCUGGCGGCACGUUCUCGCCCUGGAACCAAGGGAAGAUUACGUCCCACGAAGUCGGCCACUGGUUCGGCCUCAUCCACCCCUGGGGCAACUUCACUUCUGGCGGCUGCUAUCCCCCCGGUGACUACGUUGACGACACGCCGCCGCAGGACCAGGCCGUCUACGGCUGUGACGAGAACUCCGCAAGCUGCGGGGGUAACUGGAACGACCCUAUUCACAAUUACAUGGGCUACAAUGACAACUCCUGCGUCAACCAGUUCACGAAUGGCCAAAUCACCCGCAUGGCCAGCAUGUACAAGAGGUACCGCACCUAA